UCAAGUUAGUAUGCUACGAUUGCAGACAUCAUAUUCUGUGUGCAAUAAUUAGCUUAAAAUGUUUAGACGUGUGAAACUAAAUCUGUAUUUCAAACUAGUUUUCUUCUACAUAACACAGACAAUUGCUAUCGCAGACAAUAGGGAAAAGCUGCUUAAUGUUACUAACCCACAAGUACAACUAAUCAAUGUAGAGUCCCAAACUGGAGAAAUUUUGCAGCUAACCUCUUAUCAUUCUGAUGUUCGAAAUCGCAGUGUGACGAGGGUGUACAACGAAGCAUUAAAAAAUCAAAAAUUGACAUUUACAUGCAAUUCAACUUCUCCAGUGGAAUGGGUUUUCGAGUGUGCUGAAACUAUAUCGAAUGAUGUUUCAAUGACCAAACAAGUUCGACUCAGCUCCAAUGGUGGCCAGGAUUACGAAUAUCGUUCGAAUUUAACGCUAAUCCUAGCCUUAAAUCUGAAUUCAGAGUAUAACCUUGAUUUUACCACUGAUACGCCAAAUUUUCCGAAUGUGACAUGUCGAGUUGUUGAAUAUCCUAUUUCGAACACCUCAAUUAUUUUCAUGGAGCGAUUGGAAAUCAACGACAAUGUUACAGUAGACCUACACCAAAAUCUUGCAUUCAACCGGACCUUGAAUUGUUUUCGACCAUCAAAAUCAAACAAUCAUUUGCCAGAGUUGAUCAGGAAUGAAGAAUGUCCUCUGAGAAUGAUAGUGGAUUUAUUUACUGCUACUUAUGAAAGCAAAUUACGCAAUCUGUCAACAAAAUUCCAGUGUGGUCUAGGUAUUGCAAAAUGCAAUGGGAAGAUGGACUUGUGCAAAUCACUGGCAACAUUGGCAAGCAACAGAAUCUGCAUUAACUUUACAAAAGGGGAAAAUCUUUCAACUCCGAUAAUUCCAACAAAUUUUUCGGGAGUUCUUAAGUGUGCGAGUUCAGAUGGACAUUUAGUAUUUUCUCAAUAUUAUAUGGUGGAUGGAAUAACAAUAAAACAACGUGUUCUGAACAGAAGAAUGGAUGUGCUAAAACUUCCAGGCGUUUUAGUUGUACACCCAGCAAAUAAAUCUCAAAAAUAUUAUGAUGGGCAAAACGUGACGUUCAUAUGCUCGGCCUGGUCAUCGGUCUUUGCUAUGGGUUCGAUAAUAUCAUACACAACUACAAACAAAUCACUUGUGCUAGUCGACCCCCCAGGAAAUGAAACGUCUCAAGAGUCGAUAGGAAAAUACUCAAAGACAGUGGUUAUCAAAUUAAGCAAAAAUAUUACUGCUGUCAUUUGUAACACUUCGGUUGCAGAUUCCAAGGAAUGGCGACACAGUUCUUUCAAUAUUUCCGUUCAAUAUUCUGAAAAACCGACAAUCACAAAUAAUGAGACAUUUUAUAACGCAUCGACUAACAUAACUUAUUAUAAAUGCGAUGCAAAAGGGACACCACUCCCCCAAAUUCAGUGGUUUCGAAGCAAAACUAUUUUGAUUCCAUUCGACAGUGAAAAGGACUUUAGGGUUUAUAAGAUGCCCUCAAAGUUUGUGAGCAGUGAUACGUUGCUCGUUUAUAAUGAUUCGUCGAAUCAAAUGGUGAUUACCUGUAAAGCAGUCAGCGUAGUUGGGAAAGCCGAAUAUACGUUUCCAUCAGGGAUGCAUUCAAGUACCCAGAGCGGUACCCAGAAUGGUACCCUAAUUUUCGUUUUCGUCGCUAUUGCCCUCGCCAUGAGCACGGGUUUCGUGAUAGCAGUCGUACUGCUUUACCGGAGGUGGAAGCGUCAAGGAGCAGUACGACUGACGGAAGAAGAUUACGAAGAAUUUUACAAAGGGGGCAAAACUCUGGACCUUGCCGACCCAUUAAGCGGAGCACUCUUCUUGGCUUAUGACAUUAGUUUCGAAGUUCCUCGGAGUGAGAUCGUAAUGGAAGGAACCGUGUUAGGAUCAGGUCAAUUUGGAAUUGUUGUUCAAGGUCGAUACAAAGGAAACACUGUUGCGGUCAAGACCAUAAGACACACGAUGGACAUUAAAUAUUUUAAAGCGUUACUAGCUGAGCUAAAAAUUCUCCAGUAUCUCGGUAUAAAAAUGGAAGUAAAUAUAGAAAUACAAUAUUUAAAUGAUAACACUUGUGCUAAUAUAGGUUAUCAUCCAAACAUUGUCAAUCUUCUUGGAGCCUCUACGACCAAUAUGAGAAAAAUGGAAGUUUUACUACUACUGGACUACUGUGAAAACGGAAAUUUAGUGAAAUUUCUUCGAGCAUGUAGACCAUGCUUUCGUGACUUGUAUCAUGAUUCCGAUGAAGACGCUGCUAACAAAAUGCCGUUAUAUGAAAACAACAAUAUGAGAACGUUGACUACAAAAGAUCUUGUUAGAAUUUCUCUGCAAGUAGCAGAUGCAAUGGCUUUUAUAGCUGAUAAAAAGAUCCUGCAUGGCGAUCUUGCAGCACGAAAUAUUUUGGUUACAGCGGAUAAAACAAUCAAAAUUUGUGACUUUGGUUUGGCGAAGCAGCUUUUUGAAUAUUCAGUUUACGUUCAGAAGCAGGAGUGCCCCUUGCCACUAAGGUGGAUGUCUUUGGAAUCGCUACGUGACAUGGAGUUCUCAAUUAAGUCGGAUGUAUGGAGUACAGGUGUAACUCUUUGGGAAAUUUUUACCUUGGCAGAACUUCCAUAUCCAGGAAUGAACUGGAGUUUCGAAAGCUGGAGGAUGCUGAAAGACGGAUAUCGCAUGGAAAAACCGCAAUAUGCUAACCUUUCCAUAUACCAAAUAAUGAAAAAAUGUUGGGAAAAUGAGCCAAAUGAUAGACCCGAAUUCAAAUACCUGGUCAGCGCUUUUAGAAAGGAAUUGGAUAUACUUAGAGAAUUGGAAUAAAAUCUUUGAACUUUGUGAGUGCAUUACAUAUUUAGUUCAGUAUUGUACGUAAGUACCAAUUCUUUAUGAGAUAGGUACUUAUUUUUAAAGUUCUUAGUUUUUUAUGCAUACAAAUUUAUAGUUAUCAAUUACCCGAUGAAACUGAGAAUUAAAUACCUGAGAUAAUUAGUUACUUGAGAAAUGUAGUUCUCAGGUUUCACGAGACUUUGUUCAGUCUGAUACUCGAAUGAAUGGUCAAAUAUUAAACGAGGCUGGCCACCAUAAUCGUCAAUAUUGUAUACGAUAUGUUUAUUGUACGACUAGAUAAGAUAUAAAUAAUGGGCAUGUGAUGCCUCCCAUAAUUAAACACUUCCUCAGCAUUGUGAUGUCUGUGUAAAUGAAAGGACUUACUAAAUAAAUUCGUUGUAUUUUUUGGUGAUGAACUAAUAAGUUCAGAAAAUGAA